ACGAACAGGUCAGAAUGAGUACCGCGGUAGCAGCAAUGCAGGAAUCGAGGUUGGUGUGGGAAAAGCGGAAUGAGAGGCAAACUCCGAGGGAAACCAACGAGGCAUGAAAAAGAGGGCUGAAGAGAUGUGCUCCACCGCUCCAACAUGGAGGCGUAGCGACAGAAACAUGCGUUAGAGGAGAUAAUUUCAUUGUAGCCUAGCAGCAGCAUCAUCACCAUCAUCAUCCGUCCGUCCAACCUAAACGGAGAGGAGGAGAGAGGAGGAGAGAUGGGUUCCCAGGUUGUGCAGACCCUGCGUCAGGGAGUCUGGGCAUCCCUUACCGGGGGCUGGUAUCACGACCCGGACCAGAACAAAUUCAACAACUCCUGCCACCUUUAUCUGUGGAUAUUUCUCUUGAUGUUGCCCCUGUCUCUCCAUCUGGCCCUGCCACCUACCACCAUGGCUUUGAGCAUCUACUGCACCUCCAUCACUGUCUUCUUCAUCCUCAUCAAGCUGGCCAACUAUCGGCUGCACCUGAUGUUUGAUGAGGGCGAGGCGGUGGUCCGCAGCAGCCUCUCUGACCUCAGCAAAGCUCAGGAGAAAAAGAGUAAUGCCUCGGAGUCCUGCCUGCCUGCCAGCAUCAGAAAAAGCAGCACAGUCCCUGACAGUGUUGCCAUGACAACAUUGGCUCUGAAGCGUCCCAGUCCAGUGAUCCAGGUGACAGUGAAACAGACAGAAACUGACCCAGGACUGAUUGGGGUGGAUUGUUCGAAGUCAGAUGAGGUGAAGGCUGUGGAAGAACAUAGUGAGACUGCUGCAGAGGAGCAGUCUGUGGAGGGAGGCCUGCACCUGAGCCCCGAGCCUUCUCCAGAUGAUUUCUCCAGUCCCAAUCCAGACCAGGAUGCCCCACUGCUGCAGGCACAGCAGAGGCCCCCGUCCCGAGCUGAAACUGCUAGCAGUUCGGGGCAAAUGGAUACAGAAAUAACUGAAAGUGGACCUGUGAAAGAAGGAGUGGACAUUCAGAACUCUUUGCCAGAGAAAGUCGGAGACCAGCUGGAGCAGACGAGCAUGGUGGAGAAAGAAUUGGAGCUGGAGAGAAUAGAGGAAAAUGACUUGGAGAAUAAAGAGAAUGCAGAUGGGGAGACCGCUGAUGAAGGUUUGCCAUCUUCCAAAGGAAGUGAAGUUGAGAGUGAGGAUGGCAGCGAGAGUCAAAAAGAUGCAUCAGAUGCCAACAACAACUCACUGGAGACUCCAAAGGACGAUCAGGAUGACUUCAUUGACAUCCCAGAUUCCCCUGUACAGGCUGAGCCAGUGGAGGAGACAUAUUGUUCUGAUGAGAUUGAGGUGGUCCUGGUGGAUAACUCCAGCCCUGGUACUGCAUCAGCGCACCUGGAUGAUAAUGACACAGUCAAGAUCAUCAUCACUAUGAGCUGCGACCCGCAGACUGCUGCUCAGCUGGAAGAGAGUGUCAAGCAGAGCCUUCUGGAGAAUGCACAGGCUCAGAAGGACGCAGGGGAGUGUCACAUCAAGAUUCCUGUUAUCACUUUCGACUCCCCUGAGGAGGAGAAGGGGGAACCCGAGGAAGGAGAGGAGGUGACAGGCUCAGAGGAUGAUCCGACACCGAAACUGCAGCUCACCAAGAGCCAAAGCGAAGAGUUUCACUUAUGUAGAGAAACAACUAGUUCUGAGUCCACCACACUAGAGUGUCCGGAUCCAAACCAGGAGCAUCAAGGAUUGCAAAUCGCCUCUGACACCACGCCGAGCCCGCAGCUGACAAACGAUAACAGCUCAUCAGGCAUCGAUGUCCACUCCCACCCUGAUGACACAGACCCUCUGGACCCUAACAUAGACUCACAAGGAUUCCUGCGUCUACCGCAAACUGUGGGCCGCUACGGGCUGGGAGGAAGGACUCACAUCCGAGGUCUGAGCAUGGACAGCGGGAAGGACGCUGUCCUGCUUUCAGAUCGCUCGUAUAACACUACCACCAUGACCAGCUCCAAAUCAGACCUGGAGGCAAAGGAAGGCCAGAUUCCCAAUGAAUCCAACUUUUUAGAGUUUGUGUCCUUGUUGGGGUCUCUCAGUUCAAGAGGUGGAGGUGCCAGCACAAAGGAAGAGGAGGGUCCGGAGAACAAAGAGAAACAGGAUGCUGAAGAAGAAGAAAAUCGGAGUGCAGCUCCCGGAUCAGAUGAAACAAAAGCAGAUAACAGCACUGACAACAAAUCACAGAGACCCAAACCACCCACCAGUCUGCCAACCAAAACAUUACAGGCCAUAGCACCCACCCAAAUCCCCAUAGUCUCUCCUGACAGUCCACAGACAGACAGAGAGAAGGAUCCAGACUAUGAUUCCCUGCCUUCGCAAACAUCUCAGUCUGAGAGCUCCAUGCUGCAGGUCAUCUGCAGACCUGAGGCUACCAACAAAGAAGAGGCCUACACCUUCCAUACUGUGCACAGAGACAGGCCUCGCAAACUGUAUGCAGAGAGAGCGCUCAACCUGCCACUGGGAGCAGAGCUCAUCACAGGCAACAUGUGUGACUUGCUGUCAACCUCCUCCAACUCGGAGUGCCAGGACGGCAUUGGAGGCGGUCAUUCUGACUGUCCUUUCCAGCGACGCAUCAUCCCCGCGCACAGGCUGCGGCCACGAAGGACGCAUCCUGAGAUCUUCCAGGAAGAGGACUCUUUGGAUGAGUCAUCAGAGACUUCCACGCAGGAGAAGCCCACCAGAAAAUUUUUUUACAAACUCCAGCUGUUUCCUGGAAAGUGGAUCAACAUUUUAUACGACAGACUUACCCUGCUUGCACUUCUGGACAGAAACAAAGAUGUUCUAGAGAACCUGGUUGCAGUCUUUAUGGCCUUCCUGGUUUCCUUUUUGGGUUUUGUGCUUCUCAACCACGGCUGCUUCAAAGACUUCUGGGUCUUCCAGUUCUGCCUGGUCAUUGCCAGCUGCCAGUACUCGCUACUAAAGAGUGUUCAACCAGAUGCAGCUUCACCAACACAUGGUCACAACCAGCUGGUUGCCUACAGUCGAGCGGCCUACUUCUGUAUAUUUUGUGCUCUGAUCUGGCUACUGGAGCAGUUGCUUAGGAAUAAAGACCUGCCCGUUUCCACACUGUAUGGAGUCACCAUCGUCUGCAAUGAUAUCCUGCGCUUCUUACGAGACCUGCUUGUUGGGUUUACUUACUGCUUCCCGGUCACUUUCCUGGUGGGCCUUUUCCCUCAGAUCAACACCUUCACCAUCUACCUACUGGAGCAAAUUGACAUGCACUUCUUUGGAGGAACAGCUGCGACGAGCCUAAUCUCUGCGAUCUACAGCAUCCUCCGCAGUCUGAUCGCUCUGUCUCUGCUCUAUGGUUUCUGCUUCGGUGCUCUCAAGGAGCCAUGGGAUGAGCAGCACACUCCUGCCUUGUUUUCUGGUUUCUGCGGCCUUCUGGUUGUUUUCUCCUUUCACCUCAGCCGACAGAGCAGUGACCCGUCUGUGCUGCUAUCUCUGAUCAAGUCAAAGGUGAUGCCUGCACUUGUGGAAAGUGAAGAAGAAGAUGAGGAGGACACAGACAUUAAAGACAUUAAAGACCCGCUGCCUGAGAAGCUGCAGAACUCCAUGAAAGAGAUUCUGCUGUCGGAUGUUGUCGUUUGCUCUGUUGCCUACAUCCUGACCUUCGCCAUCACAGCGAGCACCGUGUUCCUCUCUCUUAAGCCUUUUGUGACCAUCGUGCUGUACGCCCUUGCGGGAACAGUUGGGUUUGUGACCCACUAUCUGAUCCCACAGCUGAGGAAGCAUCACCCUUGGUUGUGGAUCUCCCAUCCAGUUCUAAAGACCAAGGAGUACUACCAGUUUGAACCUAGAGAGGAUGCUGUGCUCAUGUGGUUUGAGCGCCUGUACGUGGGGCUCCUGUGCUUUGAGAAAUACGUGGUGUACCCUGCCAUCGUGCUGAGCGCGCUCACUAAUGAUGGCUUCACCCUCAGUCAUCGCAAGAAGCUGGGCAUUCACUGUGACGUUCUCCUGACAACAGUCGCUGGACUGAAGCUCCUGCGCUCAUCCUUCUGUGAUCCUAGCUUCCAGUUCCUCACUCUUCUCUUCACGCUCAUUUUUUUCCAUAUUGAUUGUCCACACGCUUCUGAGAGCUUCUUGCUGGACUUCUUCAUUAUGUCUAUUGUCUUCCAUAAGAUGCGGGAGCUGUUGCUGAAACUCCAUUUUAUCCUGAUUUACAUCGCUCCCUGGCAGAUCGCCUGGGGAAGCGCUUUCCAUGCCUUUGCUCAGCCGUUCGCCAUGCCUCACUCAGCCAUGCUGCUGCUCCAGACCCUGCUCACCACUGUCUUUUACACUCCACUGGCUCCCUUCCUGGGCAGUGCCAUCUUCAUUUCCUCCUAUCCACGCCCCAUCAAGUUCUGGGAGCGAAACUACAACACAAAGCGUAUUGACAACUCAAACAGCAGACUGGUGUCCCAAGUUGACAAGGAGACGGGUUGCGAUGAUAACAACCUGAACUCCAUCUUUUAUGAGUACCUGACUCGCUCACUCCAGCAUUCACUGUGUGGUGACCUCAUGUUGGGCCGAUGGGGCAACUACAGCGCCGGGGAUUGUUUCAUUCUGGCUUCAGACUACCUCAAUGCCCUGGUCCACCUCAUUGAGAUUGGCAAUGGUCUUGUUACUUUCCAGCUGAGGGGGUUGGAGUUCAGAGGUACAUACUGUCAGCAGCGAGAGGUUGAGGCCAUCACAGAAGGUGUGGAGGAAGACGACGGGUGCUGCUGCUGUGAACCGGGUCAUUUGCCUCACAUGCUGUCAUGUAACGCUGCUUUUAACCUGCGCUGGCUAGCCUGGGAGGUGAUGGCUACUAAGUACCUGCUGGAAGGUUACAGCAUCAGUGAGAACAACGCUGCCACCAUGCUGCAAGUGUACGACCUACGAAAGCUGCUUAUCACCUACUACUUGAAGAGCAUCAUCUACUACCUGGUCCUUUCUCCCAAACUGUCCACCUGGCUCAAAGAUGCCACCAUUCAGGAGGCCCUGCAGUCUUACACCAAAUGGCACCACAUUGAGCGUGACCCUCAGGUCUUUAGUGUGAAGAUUGAUGAGGACUAUGUCCACUGCCUGCAGGGGGUGACACGCGCAAGCUUCUGCAAUGUCUACCUGGAGUGGAUCCAGUACUGUGCUGGGAAGAUGGAGACGCCUGUGGACUGUGAUGAAGACUCCCCUUUGGUGACACUGUCAUAUGCUCUCUCUGUCCUGGGAAGGAGAUCCCUCGGCACGGCAUCCCACAAUAUGUCCAACAGCCUGGAGUCUUUUCUGUAUGGUUUCAACACCCUGUUUAAAGGCGACUUCCGCAUCGCCACAAAAGACGAAUGGGUCUUUGCUGAUUUGGACCUCCUGCAGAAAGUAGUUGCUCCUGCUGUCAGAAUGAGUCUCAAGUUGCAUCAGGAUCACUUCACAUGUCUUGAGGAGACCGAGGAGGCGUCAAUCUUGUACGAAGCCAUCACAAACUACCGCAGCAGCCUGGUCAUCUGCCAUGAGAGUGACCCUGCCUGGCGUAAGGCGGUGCUGGCCAGCCGCGACACGCUACUUACCUUGAGGCACAUGAUCGAUGAUGGCACGGACGAGUAUAAGAUCAUCAUGUUGUACAAACGCCACCUCAGCUUCAAGGUCAUCAAGAUAAACAAAGAGUGUGUUCGAGGUCUGUGGGCAGGCCAGCAGCAGGAGUUGGUGUUUUUACGGAACCGAAACCCUGAGCGUGGAAGCAUCCAGAACUCAAAGCAAGCACUGAGGAACAUGGUCAACUCUUCCUGCGACCAGCCGCUGGGAUACCCCAUGUAUGUGUCACCACUGACAACAUCAUACGCAGGAACACACCGUACACUCCGCAGCAUAGGAGGAGGGGCUUUGAGUCUGGAUGCCAUUCGUUCCUGGCUUUGCUCUAAAUGGUUACGGGUGCGUAAGGACAACCUGACCAGCUGUAACAGUGGUGUGAACAUGGAGGAUGUGGACUGUGGCGCUGGUGGUUCAUCCUCGCUGAGCCACAAUCGUCCAUCUUCCGUCACCUCCAACAGCCUGAGCCUCUACCAGCACAGAGCAAGGACGACACACAGCCACAGGCACCACAAUGCAGGAAGGAGAGAGUACCGCAGUCGAUCAGUGCAGCCUCAGAGUCAACGUCCUCCUGUGAGCAGCCAGUCAGGUCCUAUCGUGGAUUCAGGCUCCAACCACGGGCUAGUCCAGCGUCUGUCCAACAGUCAGCUCUCCUUUAAUACUUCCAUAGCCUCUAUAUUCUCCCAGGUCCCACAUCUCUCAGGAGCAGGAGGGAUCAGCUCCCAACUCCAGGCGGCACAGCAUCAACAGCGCUCCAGCCAGGUUUCCUCAUCUUCUUCUACGCUCAGCCUUCUGUUUGGGAAACGCAGUUUCUCCAGUGGUCUGGUUAUCUCCGGGCUGUCCGCCGCUGAAGGGGGCAACACCACCGACACACAGUCCUCAUCCAGUGUCAACAUCGUCAUCGGACCCUCACACAGGUCCAAUAGCAGAGCCACGCAGUGGACAUCAGAGGCAUAUGAGAGUAUAGAUGCAACCAAUUCUAACGGCGCCACCACAGUGAGAAACGGCACACAGUCAAGCGAUCAGGGCUGCAGCCAAGGAUUAGACAAGACCCAGGAGGACUCAGCAUCUGCCUCAUCUGCCCCAGAGCCACCUGAUCAAAAGACUGCCUGACAGACAAGAAACACACACACGCACAUCCAUAUACAGGGAGGACUUUAUGAGAAGUUGCACAUACAUACAGAGGAAUGCAUAAGAGAGCACUUGUGCACAUGAGCCUAAAUACUCUCUUGUCCUCAGCAUGUGGUCUCACCCUGUUGUCUGAAUGUAAAGUCUGAAAAUGUGAUCCAGAUGAGGAAAUAAAUAUGUUUUUAAAUUAA